CGGAAGUUCUACCCGGGCCGCCGCGCUAUGGAUCGCGCGCUACGGCUCCUCGCGCGUUCGCGUUUCCUCUCGCGCGCUCCAGCUUCCGACCCCCGCCCUGGCCCCGGCCCGGGUGGCGCGGCACUCCUGCUGCUUCGGCCUCCGAACGUCGUUCGAAUGGCAAGCCAAAAUUCUUUUCGGAUAGAAUAUGAUACCUUUGGUGAACUCAAGGUCCCAAAUGAUAAGUAUUAUGGCGCCCAGACUGUGAGAUCAACAAUGAACUUUAAGAUUGGAGGGGUGACAGAACGCAUGCCAAUCCCAGUUAUUAAAGCAUUUGGCAUCUUGAAGCGAGCAGCUGCUGAAGUAAACCAGGAUUAUGGUCUUGAUCCAAAGAUUGCUAAUGCAAUAAUGAAGGCAGCAGAUGAGGUAGCUGAAGGUAAAUUAAAUGAUCAUUUUCCUCUCGUGGUAUGGCAGACUGGAUCAGGAACCCAGACAAAUAUGAAUGUAAAUGAAGUCAUUAGCAAUAGAGCAAUUGAAAUGCUAGGAGGUGAACUUGGCAGCAAGAAACCCGUGCAUCCCAACGAUCAUGUUAAUAAAAGCCAGAGCUCAAAUGAUACUUUUCCCACAGCAAUGCAUAUUGCUGCUGCAGUAGAAGUUCAUGAAGUACUGCUACCAGGACUACAGAAGCUACAUGAUGCCCUUGAUGCAAAAUCCAAAGAAUUUGCCCAGAUCAUCAAAAUUGGGCGUACUCAUACACAGGAUGCUGUUCCACUUACUCUUGGGCAGGAAUUUAGUGGUUAUGUUCAACAAGUGAAAUAUGCAACAACAAGAAUAAAAGGUGCCAUGCCAAGAAUCUACGAGCUCGCAGCUGGGGGCACUGCUGUCGGUACUGGUUUAAAUACUAGAAUUGGCUUUGCAGAAAAGGUUGCCGCAAAAGUGGCUGCACUCACAGGCUUGCCUUUCGUCACAGCUCCAAAUAAAUUUGAAGCUUUGGCUGCUCAUGAUGCUUUAGUUGAACUCAGUGGAGCCAUGAACACUGCCGCUUGCAGUCUGAUGAAGAUUGCAAAUGAUAUUCGUUUUCUGGGUUCUGGUCCUCGCUCAGGUCUGGGAGAAUUGAUUUUGCCUGAAAAUGAACCAGGAAGCAGUAUCAUGCCAGGCAAGGUGAACCCCACCCAGUGUGAGGCACUGACCAUGGUUGCAGCCCAGGUCAUGGGCAAUCAUGUCGCCAUUACCAUUGGGGGCAGCAGUGGACAUUUUGAGUUGAAUGUUUUCAAGCCAUUGAUGAUUAAAAAUGUGUUGCACUCAGCCAGACUGUUGGGGGAUGCAUCAGUUUCCUUCACAGAAAACUGUGUGGUGGGAAUCCAGGCCAACACAGAAAGGAUCAACAAGCUAAUGAAUGAGUCUCUAAUGUUGGUGACAGCUCUUAAUCCUCAUAUAGGGUAUGACAAAGCAGCCAAGAUUGCUAAGACCGCACACAAAAAUGGAUCGACCUUAAGGGCAACUGCUAUUGAACUUGGCUAUCUCACAGCAGAGCAGUUUGAUGAGUGGGUAAAACCUAAGGACAUGCUGGGUCCAAAGUGAUUUAAAUAAAUUCAUAAUAAAAAUGAUUGUCAUAUAAAAUAAAAAGUGAAACAGACUCCUUAUAUUUCUUAAACAAAAAUGGAUAAAUGUGAAAGGAAACUGCUAUUGAACUUGACUGUCUCUAGCAGAGCAGUUUGGUCAGUGUAUAAAACGCCAGGACGUGCUAGGUCCAAAAUGAAUUUUAAAAGUGUAAGAUAAAAUAAUUAAAUUGUAUAAAAUCAAAAGGAAAACAGACUUAUUUUUCUUUUAUGUUAAUUGACUCGUAUUAUAUAGUUGAAUCUGUGA